GGAUAAGUAUGAGCGGCACAGAGGAUUUGCGGCAUCCACCACCACCAGUGCGCUCUCUGGUCUGGAUCGAGCUGCCACUGCAGGUAGCCAACUACCCGGCUACCGGACGAACGGCAUAUGAUCGAGCAGAGAACAUGUCAGCAACAGACACUGGUGACAGCUCAGUUCUGCGCGACCUGAUGUGCCGGAGUAUACUAUAGAACACAUCACGAGAGUGACGUAGUCCGAGAGCGCGAGGGGCGUUUGAUCAAAUACUCUACCGCUGCAGCUGCAGAGGAAGAGGGGGAAUUUUUAGCCCGUACAGUAGCGGCCCUUCUUCCAGUCUUGCACGCCGCCGCGCAGUUCGCCGUAGUCGCCGGGCGAUGGAUUCCGGCAGCAGAGAGGUCGCCUUCGACUGCAGCUCCUUCCGGCUGUACAUGGACGGCCGCGUCGACCGUGUCCCCCGCCGCAUGGAAACCACGCCCGCCGGUUUCGACGCCGCCACGGGCGUCGACUCCAAGGACGUCGUCAUCGACGCCGCCACGGGCGCCACCGCGCGGCUCUACCUGCCGCCGCCUCUCGAGGGGGGCGCGACGACGACCAAGCUCCCGGUCCUCGUCUUCUUCCACGGCGGCUACUUCAUCGUCGGGUCGGCCGCGGAGCCCAUGUACCACCGCUACGUCAACUCCCUGGUCGCCAGGGCACGCGUCGUCGCCGUCUCCGUCGAGUACCGCCUCGCGCCCGAGCACCCGCUCCCGGCCGCCUACGACGACUCCUGGGCCGCGCUCGGGUGGGCGGUGUCCCGCGCGGACCCGUGGCUCUCCGACCACGGCGACCUCGGCCGCGUCUUCCUGGUUGGCGUCAGCGCCGGCGGCAACAUCGUCCACAACAUGGCCCUCGCCGUGGGCGCGAGCGGCCUGCCGGCCGCCGAACCAGCGCGCGUAGAGGGCGUGAUCGAGCUCCACCCUUCCUUCUCCGGUGAGCAGAAGACGGAGGUAGAGGACGAAGUGUUCUUUCAAGCUAACAAUAACAGGUGGAAGAUCAUCUUCCCCGGCGCGAGGAACGGCGUGGAAGAUCCAAGGAUUAACCCGACGGCGGACGGCGCGCCGAGCCUGACGAAGCUGGCUGGCCAGAGGCUGCUCGUGUGCACGGCGUCGGAGGACCCGAGGGCGCCGAGGGCACGGGACUACUGCGACGCGGUGCGGGCCAGCGGCUGGCGCGGGGAGGCGGAGUGGUUCGAGUCGGAAGGCGAGGGCCACGGCUUCUUCGUCCUCAACCCCCGCACCAGCACGGCGGCUGCUCUGAUGGAUCGAGUGGUUGGUUUCCUUGCUGGCCAUUGACCGACCAGCGACCUCAACCUCAAGUGUUUGUCGCUGCUUGCUACUACCUACAGUAUGUGUGUGUUGUUGGAAUAUCAUCGUCGCCAUCGAUGCAGAAACGAAUGGAGCGAAACCUGCUUCCAUUUAGAA